GUGUGUGGGCUCCGGCUGUCUUCCCGGUCAUGUCUUCCAAAAAGAGCAGAAAGCGGCAGAACCACAGCGCGGAGAACGGUUCGUCCGCGUCCUCCACGGCCUCCUUUCGUCAUGGAGCCCGUGCUAUUCCGGACUCGGACCUUGCGGUGGCGGCCGGCUUACUGGUGGUGACCAACUUCCUAGAGAAGGUGGAUACCAAAGUUCCUAAAACAUUCCAGAAUUCGCUCGUUCAUCUUGGACUCAACACUAUGAAAUCUACAAAUAUAUGCAUAGGUCGACCAGUGCUGCUUACCAGUUUGGAUGGAAAGCAAGAGAUCUAUACAGCCUGGCCUGUGGCAGGGUUUCCUGGCGGCAAGGUCGGCCUCAGUGACAUGGCGCAGAAGAACAUGGGCGUGAGGACCGGGGAGGCCAUCCGCGUGCAGCCUCUGCUGGGCGCCGUGCUGCAGGCUGAAGAGAUGGACGUGUUACUCAGUGACAAAGAUACAGAAAUUAAUGAGCAAGAACUGACUGGUUGUAUUCUGAGAAAACUAGAUGGCAAGAUUAUUUUACCAGGCAACUUUUUGUAUUGUACCUUUUAUGGACGACUGUGCAAGCUGCAAGUUUUGCGGGUGAAAGGGGCAGAUGGCAUGGUACUGGGAAAACCUCAGAGUGACACUGAAACUGGUGCCCAAGGAGUGGCCUUGGAACAGUCCAGCAUGGAAACCAGUAGCCUAGAUCUGUCCUUCCAGCUAAACCAGUUAAAUCUUGAAGUAGCCCAAAGCCCGGCAUCAAAAAGUACUCCUUGUAAACCAGGAGAUGAUGGAAGUGUAAAAAAAGCCAGUGACACUUCAUUGAAUGUUACACAGAGCCCUGGAAAUGGCAGUGAACUUGGCCUCAAGGAAGUGACAAGCCUUACAUGGAACUUUGAGCCUGCCAGCGAAAGCAGUGAGCAACAGAACAGUGAGGAGAAACUGCUGCAGUCCAUCUGCGUGGGAGCCAAGUGCAAUACUGAUACUUUUUAUUUUAUUUCUUCAACAACAAAAAUCAAUUUUACAAAGAUUCGUACAAAUGCAGAAGAACAAGACAACUCAUUGAAAGUAACUUAUGACAUGAUAGGUGGCUUAAGUAGUGAGCUGAAAGCAAUCAGAGAAAUGAUUGAAUUACCCCUGAAGCAGCCUGAACUUUUCAAGACUUAUGGAAUUCCUGCCCCUAGAGGAGUGUUACUCUAUGGCCCUCCUGGUACUGGAAAAACAAUGAUUGCCAAGGCUCUUGGAAAUGAAAUAGGAGCAUUUGUUUCUGUAAUCAAUGGUCCUGAGAUUAUAAGCAAAUUCUAUGGUGAGACUGAAGCAAAAUUACGUCAUGUGUUUGCUGAAGCUACUCAGAGGCACCCAUCACUUAUUUUUAUUGAUGAGUUGGAUGCACUUUGUCCUAAAAGAGAGGGCGCUCAGAAUGAAGUGGAGAAGAGAGUUGUAGCUUCCCUCUUAACCCUGAUGGAUGGUAUUGGUUCAGAAGGAACUGAAGGACGGGUCUUGGUGCUUGGAGCUACAAAUCGUCCUCAUGCUUUGGAUGCUGCACUCCGAAGACCCGGACGUUUUGACAAAGAGUUUGAAAUUGGUGUUCCUAAAGCUCAGGACCGGCUGGACAUACUCCAGAAACUGCUUCGACGAAUACCUCAUUUGCUCAGUAAAGCUGAGUUGUUACAGGUGGCAAACAGUACCCAUGGAUAUGUUGGAGCGGACUUGAAAGCUUUGUGUAAUGAAGCAGGUAUGCAGGCAUUUCGAAGAGUGUUCGAUAAACAUCCUAACUUCCCUGAUAGCAAGAUGGCUGCGUUGGUGAAGAUCAGUGUAAAUGAUUUCUCACAUGCAAUGAAUGAAAUCCGGCCCAGUGCCAUGAGGGAAGUAGCAGUCGAUGUUCCAAAUGUAUCCUGGUCGGAUAUAGGGGGACUGGAAAAUGUCAAACUAAAACUGAAGCAGGCUGUGGAAUGGCCUUUGCAACAUCCAGAAUGUUUUAGCCGAUUGGGUAUUGAGCCUCCUAAAGGAGUUCUUCUGUAUGGACCCCCUGGAUGCUCUAAAACAAUGAUAGCAAAGGCUGUGGCCAAUGAAAGUGGCCUGAAUUUUCUAGCAAUAAAGGGGCCUGAAUUAAUGAAUAAAUACGUGGGGGAAUCUGAGAGAGCAGUUAGAGAGAUUUUCCGAAAAGCAAGAACCGUGGCUCCUUCCGUCAUUUUCUUCGAUGAACUUGAUGCCUUGGCAGUUGAAAGGGGCAGUUCCUCAGGUGCUGGGAAUGUUGCCGACCGUGUUUUGGCUCAGCUCCUAAUAGAAAUGGAUGGGAUUCAACAACUAAAGGAUGUGACUAUUUUGGCAGCUACUAAUCGCCCAGAUAGAAUAGACAAGGCUUUGCUGCGACCUGGAAGAAUUGAUAGACUCAUCUAUGUGCCUUUACCGGAUGCAGCAACAAGAGGAGAAAUACUGAAGCUGCAGUUUCACUCUAUGCCAAUCAGUACUGAGGUUGACUUAGAUGAACUUGUCCUCCAAACUGAUACCUAUUCAGGAGCAGAGAUUGUAGCCGUCUGCAGAGAGGCUGCGCUCCUGGCUCUGGAAGAAGAUAUUCAAGCCAACUGCAUCAUGAAAAGGCAUUUCACUCAGGCCUUGAGCGCCGUGACACCUCGAAUUCCUGAGUCGCUGAGACGUUUCUAUGAAGAAUAUCAAGAGAAGACUAAGCCACAUGCAUUCUGAGAAAAUACAUGUAUUUGUUAUGCUUAAAACCCUUUCUUGAGAAAAUGUGUUUCCUUUUAAAAAUUUGUCUCGAGUCUUAGAAGAAAUCCUUGGUAUAGACAACGUGUCUGAAGCACACUCACCAGCGUGUGAGUGCUCACUGCAGUGCUUGCGACCAUUUGUAUCAAAGGCGUGUGAUGAGAAUAUCUGGGCGUGAGCCCAAGUCAGUUUGGAUUGAAAAUGUGUGCUAAAUUUUAAAAAACAAACAUUGAGUGUUUUCAUUUUCAUGCUGGUCCAUUCGCAGCACAAAAUGAUUUCCUUACACCAGAAUCUGUUGCAGUGCCUUCGUAAGUGGCAAACCUGUGGGUGCCAUUUUUGUAGAACAUAGAAAUCGUAGGUGAAUGAAUGCAUGCCGAGAAAUAUUUUCAAGUCUUUAUUGUGAAGGCCAGCCAGUGAAUAUGGUCUUGUUUUCGAAUAUUUUUGUUUUCAUUAUAAUAUACCUACAUUUUUUUACUUUAGCCUUCUUUACAUGUACCUAGACAGAAAUUUAAAAAUAACAAUUAAGAAUCAUUUCAUAUAAUAUGAUAAUAUAAUGCCCUUUGAAAAUUUGUACAAUUGCAAGUAUAAGCCCACUAUGUGCCUGGAGUUAUGGGCUUGUUUUGUUUUCAUAAAAGGCUAUAAAUAAA